CAUUCGAAGAGCUGAAAAGAGCAGUGGAGAGAGUAGAAAUAGUGGACGCUCAUGCCCACAACAUUGUGGCGCUGGAUUCCACUGUCCCUUUCCUCAGCUGCUUCUCUGGCGACAUUGUGUCCGACUCACCUCACACCCUCGACUUCAAGAGAAGCCUGGAUGAAAUCUGUGAACUAUAUGGCUCAAGCUUAUCCUUGGAUUCUGUUCAAGAAUCUCGGGGACGCCUUGGGUUGGCGUCAAGUGCUGCUAUUUGCUUCAAAGCUGCAAGAAUUGCUGCCUUACUUCUUGACGAUGGAAUUAAGUUGGACAAAACGCUUGACAUCAAAUGGCACCAAAGUCUUGUACCAACAGUUGGUAGAAUACUACAAGUUGAGCAUGUAGCUGAAAA